UUGCUAACAGCUUCCUUAUUUGAUAUCAGUGUGAAUGUUUGAUCAUGUGAAGUUACUAAAGGAAAAAGAUUUUUUUAAAUCUUUUGGCUUGUAGGUAGAGGCGGAAAUGCCCAAAUUGGAUUUUAGGGUGCGUCUCGUUGACUCACCUUGCACAAUGGGGGCGGGCUGAAUUUAGCAGAACAUUUUGAUAGAGCGACCAUUGCCGACCGACUUGCACUCUUUGAAACUGCUGGAAGGAACAAUCACAACUAGUUUAUUUGGCUAUUGUCCGUAUAAGCGCUCACAACGGCCAUACAAUUCCCAACCGUGGAAUUUCUAAACAGGCAAUAAACAAGACCAAAACAGGAUGCAAGGCAUUUUCGUCUUACUGUUGUACCUAGGAUUACGUUCCCCUGUUGCAUUGUCGGGCUCCUUGCUUCUGGAGGACAUGGAAGGGUCAGGUGAUGACAUGGAAUUUUCCGGCUUACAGGAAUGGAUGGAGGACAAUAGCACGGAAGUAGCCGUCGUUGGUGCGAAUGCAUCUGCAGAGCCGCCUUCUGAACCACAAAGGCCAAGCACCAGUGCGUUGGCCAGCGCACCCCCUCACCUGAGGCACAAAUCGGCUGAGAAAGACGAUUUAAAGAAGCCAGUGGCCACCAGGUCUACACCUGAAGACCAGGAGACCCUGCAGGACCUUGAAGGCUCCGGGGAUGAACGUUUUUCCGGGGAAGGUCCAGUUUCCAUAUCCCUUACAACCCGGACGAGUGCUUCCACCUUGUCUGAAGAUGAGUUCAUCCCACGGGUCUGGAUUAAAGACACACAUGAAAGGACUGACGACUUUAGCUUCGAACCACCCAAGAUGACGGAGACGAGAGACUCAUCUUUCGACAGUCUGGCGAAGAGCCAUGGUCUUCUGGAGAGAACUGAAGUUCUUACGGGGGUCACUGCUGGGUGCUUGGUGACUCUGGCGCUGGCUAUUACCUUGAUAUCUUUCAUGGUGCAUCGGCUGAAGAAAAAAGAUGAGGACAAUUAUGACAUGGGCAAGGAGAGACGCGCCAACGAUGGAUACCAGAAGUCAGCAAGGCAGGAGGGGUGUGACACUUGACUGUUCUCCCUCACCAAAUGCACGUGACCAGAGUCAUUCCACUAAUCAGAUGGCCUUUCUCAGUGUAUCUGGGUAUCUGUACUAGGGAGUGCGUACGUUUAUAAGGAGGCCCUGCCCUAUCGUCAUCAUUUCUGUCCUGUUGCAAAGUUCAGUAUCAUUUAUCAUUGUUAAAUUUACUACAUACAAUCUUUUUUUUUUUUUGGAAGGGGAGCUGGCUUACUGAGACCAAAAUCAGCGACUGCAGAAAAGACAAAAUAUAACAUUUUCCUUUAUUUCACAUGUUUGUACUUUUUUUUUCUAAACUGAAGGGCAUAAUAUUGGGACACAAUAGGAAUGUAAACUGAAUCUGUAGCAGGAAAAAAGCGUUAAAAGUUCAAAAAGAGGCUGUGUUAUGAGAAAAUGGUGCAAAUCUUUGACCUACCUCAAGCUGCAUUUAACAAUUAUCUCAAGCAGUGGGUUGACUAAAUAAUAUCCAUCCAUUUUCCAAACCGCUUUUCCUACUGGGUUGCGGGGGGGUCCGGAGCCUAUCCCGGAAGCAAUGGGCACGAGGCAGGGAACAACCCAGGAUGGGGGGGCCAGCAGGGGGGGCCACUAAAUAAUAUGUGCACGUCAAAACGUGACAAUCUGUGGCCAACGAAUUUCACAUCUUCCAUUUUCAGUCAGAUUCUACGUCUCUGCUCGUCGAUUUUAAUGUCUUAACAUUUUUGUGCACAUUCCCUCCGUCGCACAAGCAAGUGCUUUUGCCAGUAAUUCAGCUACAGGAUCUGUGAACUGGGCGUCUUCAGUAUCCUGUAUUCCUCCCACUGCCGGACCAUCACUUAUAUUUAUUUUUAUUUGUCAAAUGCUUUUGCCUAAAGUGACGCACUAGAGACCAAUACAGCACAGCUUUCCAGUCAAGGAGCAGAGCAGCUAUUUAAGAGGAAGUAAAACUGCAAAAUGUGUCCGUUCCUGCUCUCAGUAAGUAGUCUAUAAAAGAAAGUUAUUUGUGCAAGACACUUCGCAAUUCUCCCCUUCGGUCAAAGGUAAAGCUAUAGAAACCAUUAUGCAGCCGUGACCAGGUGAAUCUGUAAAAUGUUCGCUAGCAACUCAGAAAUGUGUCUCAGCGUAAAAAGUAGUGAAUUAUCUAAAGGGCCCAUGCUGACCAAAUUUAAGGGAAAUUUACUCUGUAAAGACUGAUUGAGGAAAGGCUGGAACUGAAAACAAUGGCUUGGUUCCAGAGACUUGAAUGAACUCGGGAGAUAAAAGUUCACCUAAACCCAGAAAUGACUCGAAGAUAUGAUGUGUAAGAUAAUACACAUUUUUUUUCUUGCCUGGGGCAUUCCAGAAACUUCCCUGGCUACAUGUCUAACUCAGCUGCAUGCCUGAGAUGGUUGAUCAUCAGCUACCAAAAUCCGUAUAAUAAGGGCCGUGCAAAUUCUCUUCUUGUUACGGGCAAUUUUACUCUGUGAAGACUGGAACUGAAAACAAUGGAGUUUUACUUUUCGUGUGAUUUUGUUAGUGUCGGGGCAACAUUUGCUUUUGUUUAAAAAAAGCCUCCUCCAGAUUACUGUAUAUUUUUCCUCUGCUCUUGUGUGUUUUUAAAGUGUUUGAACAACUCUCGAUUUCAAACACAGCAAAAGGAAAUGGCACAACACAGCAUAUGUCACCUUGUGAUUUGUUGCUCAUUUUUAAGAUCUGUGGGACUGAUAUGAACCACAGUCAGCUGAUUUUCUGACAACGGCAUGUAACAGGUGGGGAGUUUAAUUUAUUAACCCCCAUUUACUUGCCAAGUUUGCAAUGGUCUGUAUUUUAAUUGACAGAGCAGGAAGUUUAUUUUGAAUGGAUAAAUCCUAUAAAUAAAUGGAUUUUUAUAUAUUCAUAGUUUUCCCUUGAUGUGGAUGUCAGGGGCCUUUGGAAACUUAAAGAUAAACUUUCUUUGCUCACAUUGAAAGGUGCUACCCACAAUCCCUGAAAGCAACAUAACAGUGACGUUCUCAAUUUACAUCACUAUGUUGAUCACUUAGUGUUGUGCUUUCCUGCAGUGCUGGCUCAGGUCACAAAUUGAUAUGAUUAAAUGAUCUGCCAUCCGUCUCAGCUGAUAUAAAUGCCAAUCGCCAUUACCUACCUAGGGACAAAAUAACACUGUGUAGCACAAAUGUAGUCCCUGAAUGAUACAUGUUAUUUCGUAAUUGCUUGGCCAUUAUACGCUUCAAACUUUGCUUUUGUAACCUGGAUAAAAUUUAGAAAUUAACCUAUUUUCUAUGUAAAAACGAGAAAUUUGCAUAUUCUCGUUUACAUAAUGCAUGAAAACAACACAUGAAUCAAGAUUUACAUAUAUUUAAACAAAAGUUAUACAAAAAUGAGCAAAAUUGUUUAGUAGUGAGUAGUUUUUCCAGAUUUGAGGGUUGGGCUUGAUCCCCGAUAGGUAUGUCGAAAUAUGUCUUGUAGGCAUCACAUAUUAUAGCAUAUGCUGUCACAGCAUUUUUUUGCUCUUGUCCUGAUUAAUUGACCACAUACAUAGCACAGUGUGUCUGGAGAAUGACUGCUCAUGUCCUUUUAGGGCCUCUGUAACAUGGAAUCUUCCUGGAAUGUUUUGAAAAAUUACUAAAUUCGAAAAUGUCAUUACCCUGGUAAAAAAAAAAACUAAGUUUGAAGACAAAAUAGGUCUUUUCCAUUUAGGCAUAAGCAAUUAGGAAAUAGCCUAUAAAAUAAAUAAUAAACUAUGUCUUCAUAUCCUUUCUUGAUUCAUGAUUUCCUGACAAACAGGACUCAAAGAGUCCGGAUAAAUGAAACCCUGUCCAACCGGGUCUGCUCCUCAACUGGCCCCCCACAGCGAUGCAAAUAUGUGUCACAGCAGGUACGAAAACAGGGCAAUUUUAAAGUAUGCAGACAACUCUGCUAUUGUCAGUCUGCUCCAGGAUAAUGAGAAAAGCCAGGUCCAGUCCUGUAUGACUUUGUGAAAUGGUGUGAUGAUUCCUACCUUCAAUUAAACACAUUUAAGACAAAAGAUAUGUCAAUUAACUUUAGAACAUACACCCACGCACAGGGACUCUCAUGUCUAAGAAGGCUUUCUCGCUUUCACAUUGAUAAGAAUAUGAUGAUUUUAUUUUUAUUGUGCUUUUACUGAAUCUAUUUUACCCUUUUCCUUGGUGUCAUGGUUUGGACAUUUAUCUGUAAAGAACAGAAACUCAUUCAAUCAGAUUGUGAAAUGGUCUAACAGGCUGAUUGGUGAACCACAGCUGAAUCCAGCAUCCCUGCACACCAGACGGUUACAGCGAUUGCCUGGUUCAGUUCUUCUUGACGUUUCACACCCUCUGCACAGUGAGUUUCAGUUUCUUCCCUCUGGAUGAAGGUUAAUGGUCCCAAAAUGUAGAACGAAAAGAUUUAAAGACAGCUUUGUUCCAGCAGCCAUCACUCUGAUAAAUAUAUCAUAGCGUUUUUUUUUUAUCUGUUUUUUGUUGUCAGUGUUCCUGUGUUGAAGUGUGUAUGUGGGAUGUAUGACUCAUGACUGCGCCCCAAAUCAACCUACAAAUAAAGUAACCCAAACCUGGUCCAAUCCAGGAUAUAUUC